UUCUCCUGUCCGAAGGUGUAUGUGUGUGCGAGGCAAACACCCGAAAAAGAAAAGCGACAGUGAGAAAGGAAAAAUUACAAAUUUCCAAUCAGUGCACUUUUUUCCAUUUUUUUCUCCGGUAAGUUCCGGAAAUUUAACAAACUGAUAGAAGAUAACGCUAGUACAAUCGAGGAGCAACCGAAGUAUAUAUCAUUGCAACUGGGAGAGGUCAACGAUCCACAUUUAUUUUUCGAGCAUUGAGAUCGCAAAAUUGAAUCCUUGUUUGGGAGCUGUCAGUAGAGGAUUCCCAAUCGAAAAAUCUGACUAAUCCGGACACUCGUUAUAUAUUAUUGCAAGCUUCAAACAACAAUGGCCAAAAAGACGUACGAUUUGCUGUUCAAACUGUUGCUGAUUGGUGAUUCUGGUGUAGGAAAAACUUGCAUUCUGUUCCGAUUCUCAGACGAUGCGUUCACUUCGACAUUCAUCUCGACGAUCGGUAUUGAUUUCAAAAUUAAAACCAUCGAACUGCGCGGCAAAAAGAUCAAACUGCAAAUCUGGGACACGGCUGGCCAGGAACGGUUCCACACCAUCACAACCUCGUACUAUCGGGGUGCGAUGGGCAUCAUGCUGGUAUACGACAUCACCAACGACAAAAGCUUCGAUAACAUAGUGAAAUGGUUGCGGAAUAUAGACGAGCAUGCCAACGAAGACGUCGAAAAGAUGAUUCUCGGUAACAAGUGCGAUAUGGUAGAUAAACGUGUGGUUGGAAAAGAACGAGGAGAAAGUAUCGCCAGUGAGCACGGUAUUCGCUUUAUGGAAACUUCUGCCAAAGCUAACGUCAACAUUGAGAAGGCAUUCCGCGAGCUGGCCGAAGCCAUACUGGACAAGACAGCGGGCAAGGAAACGACAGACAAUCCCGACCGGGUGGUGGUGAACCGUGGGACCGGCGAAAAACCACCCGCCUACAAGGCGUGCUGUGCGUAGAUAUUCGUAGAAUGGUCGUGGAUGCUUCCGUGCUGCUUUUCGCUAGAUGCAGCACCAUUUUAUGUGUGUGGGUCGGCAGACAGUCACAUAUUCGAGAAAAAUAACCUUUUCUUAAACAUCCUAUGCUAAUUUUAUGUAACUCAUACUUUCACAUUCUUUUCGUUUAUGUGAAUUUUUAUUAGACUGUAUGAGAUUGUGUCAGAUUAAUUUCACUAACAUCCAUGCAUACUUAAUAUACCGCAUAAGAAAAUGUACACACAAAACACACACCAGACAAGGUUAGAGUAAAAAUCAUAGCAUGCUUCUCCUCAAUCCAACGCACACAUACCGUCAAAGCCAGACCCUUGCUUUUCGAUGUCAUUUGUCUAUGUGAGAAGCCCGCCAGCCCAGCUCGGCAAACGGAAACGAGACGGUAGGAAUGCAUGCAUGCAUACAAUACGGGAAACUAUUCAAUAUCAUGUUUUGUCUGUUGAGCAAUUACACAAAGCAACGCUUGGAAUGAAGCACAUUACACAUCAUUUACAGACAAGUUGUCAUAUGUCAUCAUAAUUAAUGUCAUCAUCUUCAUCAUCAACGUCGUGACGAAUCCAGUGUUCGAAAUACUGUUCGGCAUAGGGAGUGUAAGUUAUAGGAAGCCAAGCACCUCAGAAGGGUUCAUUUGAAUGAAAAUACAAAAAAAAAACAAAACGGACAUACGGAGAGAAGAUAUUUCCGAGUAGCCAGAGAUUUCUUAAGGGACUAAAACAUAAAAAUGCCUACUAAGUUUACAUAAAAAAAAAACAAAUAAUAGAAAACCCAUCUCUACUGUCACUAGCAAUCGUUGUAAGGUCCAUUUAACAAACAAACAAACAAAAACAAAAUACCUAUGUCAUACAAAAAAUAAAAUGCUGAGUAGGAAACUUGUAGAACGAAAGUAAAAAUCGUAGACAUGAAAAGAAUAAAUUAUGGCCAUCGUCUUGGAUUUGUAGGUGUUUUAGUCAAAACAAAAAACGUAAGAAAAAAAAAUAAUUGGAUCAAAAUCAUACUGAUAAAAAAAUCAUAUAUCAAACAUGCUCGCGUGCAACAAAUGCGCGCACGGGCAAACAUAAAAAAAACAUAUAACAAAUUUAGUUAUUAUAUUUUAUAUAUGUAUAUGAAAAUAGCUUUCAUUUUUUGAAAUGCCGCUAGUUAUGUUUAUUAUCAUAGUGACGAAUGGUAUGCUUUUUAGUGAUAACAUUAAGAAAAGGGUUCACGAUGUACGCACGAUUUUGGGGCGUCGAAGGAACAGUGAAGUUAUAUAUAUUUGGAAGCAAAACGAUGAGAACAGUCAGCAGUGCGGUUGGAUGAAUGCAUUGCAGUGGGGUGAAGAUGAAAGGAAAGAGUUUCCAUUUUUUGUCGGAAUUAAUUAGAAAGUAGUUCUUUUCCGGAAGAAUAAUCGCACUCGGUACGCCCGACUACCGCAGCAAGCAUUCAUUCUACCAAUCGAAUCGAAAUAAGCAAGAGAUCGUGGAAUGUCAAAAUUGUUGAGAAUAAAAAUGAGUCGAUAAGCCAA